CGAAAAUCUUGGCGAAUUCCCAGAAAAUGCGGAUUGAGGGCCCCGAUCACUGUCGACACUCUCGCAAGGCUUUCAACCACCAACCUUCAAUUCCCUGGGACAACUACAGAUUGCGAAUCACUGGACAAUCCUCAAGUCGCAAUCAUGUCUCAACCUGCCCUCAACAAGAUUGCCCACAAUAGCCCUUCGAGGCAACAUCCUUCUGAGCUGGAAACCAGCAUCGCAACCGCUCUCUAUGAACUCGAAACCAACAUCCCCGAUCUCAAGGUCGCCUUGAGACCGCUCCAAUUUGUGUCUGCUCGCGAGCUCGAAGUCGGCCACGGCAAGCGCGCCGUCGUCAUCUUCGUGCCCGUGCCCCUGCUUCCAGGCUUCCACAAGGUCCAACAACGCCUGACCCGCGAACUCGAGAAGAAAUUCUCCGACCGUCACGUCUUGAUCCUUGCCUCGCGCCGCAUCCUUCCCCGUCCCAAGCGCUCCAACCGCUCCCGCACCAGCCAGACCCAGAAGCGUCCGCGAAGCCGUACUCUGACUGCUGUCCACGAUGCCAUUCUUGCUGAUGUGGUCUAUCCCGUUGAGAUUGUGGGCAAGAGAUUGAGGACCAAGGAGGACGGAAGCAAGGUGUUGAAGGUCGUUCUGGAUGAGAAGGAGCGGGGCGGUGUGGAUUACAGACUCGACACUUACUCCGAGGUGUACCGAAAGUUGACUGGACGAGUCUGCGGCUUCGAAUUCCCCAUGAGCAGCUCCACCGACUUCUAGAUGACAAGCGGGACGACAAGAUGAGCAGAAUGCAUAAGGACAGGCUGGGUGGGGUGGCUAAGAUGCAGGAGAGACCGGAAUGCACAGAUGCAUUCGGGCCGGAGGACAGUCAGUCUAUUUCAUCCCUCCCUGCGAGGUCUCGGUGUAUGGAGGGAACGGGUUUCUGUGGUAUGCUACAGGGAACAUAGUGCUUGGAUCGAGCCAAACACGGACUGCCAUUCAGUUGAGGGUUGUAACCCGCAGCAAAAAUGCCCAGCAGAUAUCUUUCGAGCGAGGAAUAGAAGACAAAAACAUGUGUUCAAAUUGCCCAUGUGGCCUUUUCGUUGAAUUUUUUGUACAGGAUUACUGCUACAUGAAUUCUCCUC